CCAAAUGUUCUUUUUUCAGUGAUUCCGUGCAAUCCUAUUCCUUUGUACUCACAACAGAUGACUCAAAGUGGCGUUUUGGUUUCUGUCGUCACGACCCGAAGACAGAUACCGCAAUGGUAAUUAUCACAUACUUGCCAUGGCACGACACAUUUCUGCGAUUGUUGACGCUGCUGGCCGAACUGCGGCGUGGUGAUGCCAACACAACAACGAAUGUCGACAAUUCCCACAAUGACUUUCGCACAUUUCUCGCCGAAGCGUACAAUCGCGGUGUGCCUGAUCCGGGUGGACAUUUGAAAUUAUUCUAUAACGGCGGUCAAAAUUAUUUCGUGUUUGAGCGGCCGUUGCAAUUUCAGUUGCCCAGCAUACCCGAGAAUCACAAUUUAAAUUUGUAUUAUAAUUUUGUGGAUCCAAAGAAUAUGAUUGCAGUAUUUGCUGCGAUGCUGGCGGAGCGACGCAUCAUUUUCACAUCGCGACGCCUGGAUCGCUUGUCGUCGUGCAUACAAGCGGCGAAUGCGUUUCUCUAUCCCAUGGUGUGGCAACACAUCUUCAUACCAGUGCUGCCGAUGAAGCUGAAAGACUAUUUGAGUGCACCAAUGCCAUAUCUAAUUGGUGUGCCACAAACUGUGCUCGAAACGAUGACAACCGAUGAGCUCGGCGAAGUUGUGAUACUUAACUGUGAUACAAAAAUUUUCGAAAGCCCGUUCGAUGAUGUGGGCGAAAUGCCAGCCAAAAUUGUGUCACAAAUGAAGAAACAACUCAGUCAAUCGCAUGAGCAUAUCGGCGAUCGUGUUUCGAAAAUAUUUCUUGGCGUGUUGGUGCAACUGAUAAGCGGCUAUCGUGAUGCUGUGGAAUUCCGCGAAACAGGCAAAACAUUUAACCGUCAAAAAUUUAUCGAAUCUCGUCCCAAACAUUUGCAACCAUUUCUCGCAAAAAUGAUGGAUUUGCAAAUAUUUCAGCAAUUCAUUGAUGAACGCCUGCAAAUGCUCAACACUGGUCUGGGUUAUUCGGAUGAAUUUGAGCUAGAAACAGCACGUUAUGCGGAGAAAAUGAAGAAACGAACACACUACGAAUUUCUAAAUAAUGUUAAGGAGAAGGUGAGCAUUCGGAAAAUCAAAUUUAAUUUAGAUGAUUGCUAAAAAGUGUUGACUCUAGCGAUUUAUUUAUGCGCGCUUGCAAGUAGGAAUUUGAGUAUAAAAGAAAAAUUGAAAUAGUGUUGCUUGUUGCUUGGGGUGGUGGGGAACGCGAAAUUGAAAGUGCAAACAAAGAAUUGCAUACUACUAUUACUAUCAGCUACAUUAAACUUAGCAUAUAGCGUAUUGCUUUUUACAUACUCGAUAUUUUCCUAUUUUGUUAAAUUGUGCUUUUUUUGUACUUGAAAAAAUAUACCCCCUCAAAAUAAGGCCAUAUCGAAUUCGUACCGAUCUACCCUCAUGGGAAACAAGGAUGUAAUUUUAUUAUUAGAAGUAAUAUUUAUCAUGCAUAUUAGACUGUACCAGAAAAAAGUUCGCCGUACAACUUCUAAUCUAUUGAUGGUAGAGAAAGUGGUGAAAAUUAAAAAAAAUAUAUAUAUAUAAAUCAUGGCCGACGAAUUGUGCUACCGGUUUUACCUGUAAAUACUUGUAUCAUGACUAAUCGUAUCAUAAACCCCGACAUAUGAAUUUUUAUAAUUGGCCUCUAGUCUGCUAAGUCUUAAACUCUAGCCUUGGUAUUUUUUGGCCAAACAUAGGCAUCGCCUUUUUACAUUUUUCGCCAUAUAAUCGGUACUCGCGGUCGAUGUUUUUGUCUUCAGGAGGCAAUUGGCCGAACGUAGGGUCGCUUUUUUAAAUUUUCCAUAUCUUCGGCACUUACAGUCCGAUCUUAAAGUAUGAUAUAUCGAUGCUCUUAUCCCGAGGAGUAUAUUUUUUGCUCCAAAGUUCGUUGACCUCCGGCACUCCGUUCUAGUAUUUACCACUAGAUCUCAGUCCUUAUCACCCUAAAGUAACGUAAGAAAGUAUUUCGAUUAAUCCAGUACGGGAUCAAUACGAUAUGUCUAAAAAAAAAUUUUUAACUUAAAAUGACGAAAAAUAAAUACCAUGGCUACACCGAAUACAUAUUUGAUCGAAAUUCAAAAUUUCUAAAGCAUAACAAAGAUAUAAAAAGUCGAAAUUGGCAUAUCAGAAGUAAAACAAUGAGACUUGAAAUACAAUUUUUGUUUUA